AUGACAACUGAUGAGCAAACUUUCAAGGAUCAGCCAGAUCCAUUGAGCCACUCAGAAGCUGAAGAUACUGAACCAGAAGAUCAAGACCAACAAGAACAACCAACCUCGGGGAUCCAAGGCCAGAUCAUACCCGAUGAGAAUCCUGAUCAAAUUGAUGCAGAUGUUGACUUAGCUAAUGAAUACCCAGAUGACUCAGAGUACAUUGAAUUGGUACAUCUAAAGAUCCGCUCUAUGGAGGACUUGAACCUAGGUCGUUUUGAAAACUUGAAAAGUUUAGUCUUGAGACAAAAUUUAUUGGAUUCUAUAUCUGAAGUGAAAUAUUUGAAUAAAGAUGUCGAAGAGUUGGAUUUUUAUGAUAAUAGAAUAAAACAUAUAAGUAGCCAUUUGAAUGAAUUGACUAAGUUGGUUAAUUUGGAUUUAAGUUUCAAUAAGAUCCGUAAUAUUAAAAAUAUUGAAAAUUUAAAAGAGUUGAAGAAUUUAUAUUUUGUUCAAAAUAAAAUUAGUGAGAUUGUCAAUUUGGAAAAUUUCACAAAGUUGAUUAAUUUGGAAUUAGGUGGUAACAGAAUCUCUAAAAUUGAAAAUUUGGAUACUUUAGUGAGUUUACAAGAAAUAUGGUUGGGGAAAAACAAAAUUUCUAAAUUGGAGAAUAUGACAAAAUUACAAAACCUAAAGAUUUUAUCUAUUCAAUCAAAUAGAUUAACCAAGAUUGAAGGUUUAGAGAAUUUAACCAAUUUAGAAGAAUUGUAUCUUUCACAUAAUGGUAUAAGCAAGAUUGAAGGAUUAGAUAAAAACUUGAAAUUGAACACGUUGGAUAUAACAUCAAACAGAAUAACAAAAUUGGAAAAUUUAUCACAUUUAAAACAAUUAACAGAUUUAUGGGCUUCAUAUAAUCAAAUCUCAUCAUUUGAAGAUGUUGAAAAAGAAUUGAAAGAUUUGAAAGAACUAGAUACUGUUUAUUUUGAAGGUAACCCAUUACAACUAACAAACCCAACAGCUUAUAGAAGAAAACUAAUAAUGUUCCUACCACAAGUCAACAAAAUUGAUGCUACAUAUGUCCGUUAA